AUGACUCCCAGUAUUCCUGAGAUCUUAAGCCCGCCUCUCUCACCUCCCGGUUCAAAGUUCUUUGCUCGCGACGGCGGCCAGACCCCGAUUCCCGCGGAUGUUACCCCUAUCGCUGACUCUGCCGGCUCUCCCGCUUUCUCUCAUGCAUCCAACAACGAACCCACGACAGCCUUCCUUCGCCCUUCAAACAAUAGCAGAUUCAAUACCCCAGUCUCUGCCCGGGGACGUGGGCGUUUGCCAUCCAUUGGUGAGAUUCCCUCAGACCUCGACCGAGAGGCACCUCGAUCUGCCGAGCUGUCUGCUGUGCCAUAUGACUAUGAGCCUCGAUCUGGUCAUGCUCGGACACCAUCUGGCAAUGACAACAUGAUGAUGGGUACCGCAUUACAGCGCGCUGCUACUGCAUGCCCGAUGAUGAUACGAGAGCACGCUCAACGCGUUGUCCAACCAAGUGAGGGCGACUUUCCACCACCACCUGACCAGGCCACCAUGUUGAAGAUGCAACAAGCAUCACGUAAUCACCGCAAUGGCUCCCGUGACCGCAUUUCUGUGGGCGUGAAUCUACAGCUGCAUCCUGGGCCCGCUCACGAUGUCAUCGCAUCUCCAGAGCAGUCAGUUACAUCUUCUACCCGCUACCACUGGCCAACUCGCCGCAGAGGUCCUGCCUCGGUGUCAAGUUCUGUCACUUCUGCAUCAAGUGUUCGACGAAGCUGA